CCGUAGGCUGUUAAAAAUCCAUAAAAUGUCAACACAGACUCGACAUGCAUAGCUUCUUAUUGGUCCAAAGCUCUUGUCAAAGUGCAAGCAACAUGCAAACGAAGAGACAUAGCUCAUUACUGACUUUUCAGCCCGUUGACGACAAGGCAGACCGAUAUGUACUGAAACUGCCACUCGGCCUCUUGGUUGCCUCCCCACAUUUGAUACGGUGCUCUGAUAAACGCAGAGUGCCCAGGCCUUCACACCGGAAAAACGUAACUCACGUGUGUUUUGUCAACUCGACACAGCAAAGCGUCCGAAUCGCUUUCAUCGCCCUCAGCAUAUUGCUAUCGCACAGAGCAGGAAAAGAAAAGCGUGUAUGUUGCUCUGCCUAGUUAGCCAAAGACAUACCCGAAUUAUCUGCGCAUCGGCUAGGAAGUUUCUCCAAUUCCCGAUGGCUUGAUCUCUCUUCUUCGAGAUGACGUUCUUCUUUCUCUGGGCCUUCUCCUCUUCGCUUUCCUCUCGACCUUCUUCCUCCAUCUUCCACAGCCUUCUUCUUUCAUAGUAGUCAUAGCCGCCGCUGUCAAAGCGCUCCUCGACUUCUGAACGAAAGUUAUCUUCCCAAUACUUGCGCAGGACGGCAUCUUUCUCCUCGUCGCUAAUGUCCGCUGUCCCUGUCCGCAGGACGUCCGCACCCGCCUCGCCGAUCAACGAAUAUGACGCCGGGUCAUCAAACCACUUGUACUCGUUCAGCAUCUCGAAGCUCACAUUGAAGUCCCGCGCUAGCAGUUGGUACAAGGCUGCGUCGGUGCCCUUGAGAAAGUCAGGGCCCACCGACGAUGGGGUGUAGUCAUGCUCAAGCCGGAAGACAAAGCGGCUGGCCCUUUUCUUCUAGAAAACCCAAACACAUGGAAGCAAUCCUCACUUCGUCCAUCAUCUCCUUAGACCGCCCGUGGACAUUGUCUUACGUCUUUCGUCGGUUUGAAGUGUUCCCUCAGCAUGUCGACUAAGUCUUGCAAUGAAGUGGGCAGCGGCCCGAGCCUCUCCCUCUCCUGAUCUGCAAUUCUCUCCCGCCGCAGAUUGUACGACAGAACGAGCCGAUGGCCCGACUCAACGGGCAUCACACGAUGAGGGAUGUCUGCUAAGAACGUUAGCCAUCGACAUUGGCCGCUUUCGAGUGCAACUCGCGUCUCGUUGUUGAAUCUCUCGCCAUCGAAGGCAUCCCCGUCGUGGAGCAGAAAGUCGCCCCCGCUGUAAUCCGUUGGGAGAAAGACCAGCAGAGACCCGAACAUCUCUUUGUUCCGCUGUGUGUCCUUGUGAAUGCGAAAAUGGUCGCCCUCAGCAUAGAUAAGCGCCUUGUAGAAGUCUGCGCUCACUCGGUAGCCCGGCGUCAUCUCGUGCUCAACCACACGACAGAUUCCAUCAAUGACAUUCUCCCAUCGGCCACCCUGACUUCUCACAGACACUUGGUCAGCAUGCACUUCGCGACUGUUUCGGACGUCGGGAUCAACCACCGUCUUGUCUUUCACGCCAAAGGGCGACUGGCUGGCAUGCUUCUCGUACACAUCCUGCAGGUCGGCGGGCGAGAAGGGAGCACCUGGCAGCUGGAAGUUGGGCUGAAGAGACCACUGAGCAGACGUGUUGUCGCGAGAGAUGAUCGAGGGGACCAGAUCACUUGUACCUAAACACACACACACACACACAGACGACACAACACAUCCAUCCAUCCAUCCAUCCAUUUAUCUGUCUGUGUGUGUGUAGGUGACCCGAAACGAAGGGCCUCGGCGUUUCGUGCUUCUUGAGAUAGCCCAGGGCGGCAUCCACCACUCCACCGGCCCUCUCAUGGCUCACUUGCAUCGACACAGACACGCCGGAAUGUCGCCGCUUGUCAGCCAAACGGAUGAAUCGAUGCGGUUGAUGAGAAGCUGGCUGUAAGGGGACGAAGCCGCUCUGCUUGGUGAGUGCUCCCUCAGUGGAUGGCAGGCUCGUCGCAGACAGAACAAGCCGCAGGGCGACAGACAGGACCACAGGAAGGACGCAGACGAGAGAGAUCCGGCCACAAUCUCCUCGGGCCAUCGCUGGGCUACGCAUAGUGCAACGCAAGACCGUCUGAG